GGAACAAUUGCUGAUUACAUCACUCGGUCAUUUGACGUUGCAUUGCGAAAAGCCUAUACUCGUUCUUGAGCUGCUGUAUCGUGCGUAAGGAGCCCUCCCUAGGCGCCUAUCCGGCAGUGCGCACCUACAACAUAUUGUGCGCACGCAGAGUGUUCCCACGGAGAUGGAAUUGUAUCCUAGUAUGGGAAUGUCCCGGCGCUUCUAUGGCAACUCCUUGGCUAGGGCCAUGUGAUAGACAGCGCGUCUACUUAUUGACAUGCUACGAGGCAACGAUAAAUAUACUUGAGCACACCAAAUUUGACGCACCCUACUUCUAACGGUCACGCCUGGAGGUGGUGGAGGCGCCAUGAACAUCUUGGCACAAGAUACGCGGCCGAAAAAUCCAACAAUUGCCGCGCUUCACUUUCACAAUGAACGAGUGAAGGAGAAAGCUGGUGAACUUGCCCAAACCAUUUCCCACAAUGACAUUCUGGGAGCUGCAGUGGACCAUCACCGCCGGAACAUGACCCUGCUGCACAACAGCAACACCUUCCGGUCGCGCAUGACCGAGGCGCGCGCCUCGCUGCUGGAGGUUGACCACUUCGACGACAGCAGCACGGACGAGGAGGAGGAGCAGCAGCAGCAGCGGCGGCAGCCGGAGGGGAAGGAGGCAGGCAGCCAGGGCAUCCAGCUGCCCGGUGUCCCGCAGCAGCCUCCAACGCCCGAGCAGGUCAUCAGCUCGCCGUUUGACCGUCCGGGCGCCGCGGCAGGGGCAGCUAGCAUCAGAAGGAGCAAGGAGGAACCUGAUCCGAUGUCGGUGUUGAAGCGGAUGCGGUCGCAAACGGGCCCGCGCAGCUUGUCUCGCAAGAUGCUGGAGGGCGUGAAGGUCCCGACGUAUUCUGGCCAAUUGACCGACGGCGACAGCGACAAAGAAGAUGACGGCAUCUUCCUGCACAAGGAGCUUACCACUCUGCGCGGGAGGUCCUUCCUCGCACGCUCGGAUCAGCAGCAAGCUAGCGCAGCCGACGACAUGUUGGCCCAGAUCCGGGGCGCCAACUGGAACGCUGACAACAACACUACCGUCGUACCAAGGGUUGGAAGCCGGCUGCAGUUGGCUGCGUCCGCCCCCUUCCCGUCAAAGCCCGCCGCGGAUGCACCGCCCUCCACAGCGCGCACGGGGGGCCGCAGCUCCACGGGCACCGGCAUUGUCUCGCAGCCCACUUGGGCUCCGGGUCCUGGCCUUGCUAUUGGCAACACAAAGAACAGCAUUGCCCCGGCCACAGGCAAGCGAGCCGGCGCCCUUCCCGGCGUCAGCGUUGACUCCUCGCCGCUAGCGAGGGACACGGCUGAGGGCGAACGAAGCCCCGGGUCAGCUGCGCGCGAGGUGGCCCCCGCCGCUUCGUCCGGAGGCGGCCUGCUCGCUCGUAUCAAGCACAUGCUGAAGCACUAGGCGUCCACGCUGCAUGGCACAGUGGCUCAACUGCCAUGUUGUACUGUACCGUAGAAGAAGCGCCCAACGGCACGUGCACCGGCCUGCACACUUGUGUGGAGUGCAGCCUCCAAGCCGCGGGGCCGGAAGAUAAGAUGGUGGGUCAUGGCACCGCUGGGGGCAGUGGAAUGUCAUGAAGUAUACUGACUUGGGCUUUUACGUGCGCUGUCAACUGUCAUGACAUUCACACUGUUGAAGGCCUACGUACUACCUUUCGUAAUGACGACUGACACUGGGCGCAUUGUAUACCGGUAUUGCGUCAUGCAUGCGCUGGCUGUGGUCCAACAUGCAUGGAAGAGCGGGACGUGAGGGAGUAACGUCUGGAGGAGUUGAUGCAUGUACUGAAGCCUGGGGCGGCAACACUCACAC